GGAAAAAGUGUUUGCUCGCUAUCUGUCGCUUACUUACCGCUUUUCGUGCUUGGUUGCCAGUAUCGGUAUAGUAACGGUAUCAAGUUUGAUCAAUAACUAAACAGUGUCGCUCCUAGUUUUAAUGCAUUUAAGAGGAUAAGUAACAACUUGUUAUUGAUUGUGUAAUUCAGUAAGUAGACAGCAAUGGGUAAUACAGAAAGUAAUGUUACUAGUGGUGUUAAGAAGCAGGCGGGGACUUCGCAGCAGAAACUGUACAAGCUCGUCGAUAUCAAAGGAGGUGGUCUUCUAGUAGACAUGAUGAAGAGAGCUUUACAGAACAAGCAAUACGCGGAGAUCGACCACGCGAUAAAAACCAAGGUGGAGCCGUUUCUAUACAACAAGGGCAAGGGCCGCUAUAUACCAGUGUCGCAUCUAGUGCUGCUACGGAAUAAAGAGAGGCCCAGACAUAAACUGUUGCCGCCAUUGCGUCAUAUGGAGAAUCCUGACGAAGAGUUUGACGUGGAGAAAGACUGGCCGCUCGUCACUCAGGAGCAGUAUGAUGCGAACCCUUCAGGGUAUAAAGAAUUAUGCUGGGAUCUUAAGGAGCGUGGUGCUGUCGGAGAAACCAUUCUGCACUUGUGUCUACUGAACGCUUCCUCAUUGCUGGCUAACCUGGCUAAGAGAUUACUUCGGUUCUACCCAAAACUCAUCAACGACGUCUACAUGGGCGAUGAAUAUUGUGGUGAAAGCGUGCUCCAUAUAACAAUAGUAAACGAAGACCCGACCAUGGUAAAAUUUCUCCUGGACGCUGGAGCCAACUACCAUGAGCGUUGCUAUGGCAACUUCAUGUGCCCCGAGGACCAAAAGGCUUCGAGAAGCGACUCCUUUGACCACGAAUGGGUUAACGUACAACCCGAGACGAAUUAUAACGGCUACGUGUACUGGGGCGAGUACCCUCUGAGUUUCGCGGCCUGUCUCGGCCAGGAGGAGUGCUACCGGCUGAUCCUGGCGCGCGGCGCCGACCCCGACAAGCAGGACACCAACGGCAACACCGUGCUGCACAUGCUCGUCAUCUACGAGAAGCAGGAGACAUUCGACAUGGCAUUUGAGGUGGGAGCAUCUCUAAACAUUCGCAACGUGCAGAACCUGACUCCUUUAACAUUAGCUGCCAAGCUGGCUCGCACGGACAUGUUCUUCCAUAUCCUGAACAUCGAACGCGAGAUCUACUGGCAGAUAGGUGCAACCACCUGCGCCGCCUACCCGUUGGGACAAGUCGACACUAUUGAUACCGAGACCGGGUUCAUUUGUAAAGAUUCAGCACUGAAUUUGGUCGUUUUUGGGGAAAAGGACGAACAUUUAGGCCUCCUAGAAGGCAUGCUAAUCGACCUUCUGAAGACCAAAUGGAACACGUUCGUGAAGUUCCGCUUCUACCGCCAGUUCAUACUGUUCUCGUGCUACUUCCUUAUCUCCCUGGUAUGCUUCACCCUGAGGCCUGGGCCUCCUGACAGGGCACUCAAUACGACAGCACUGAACGCUACUGUCGGACCUGUUAAUGAUACGGACCUCGUUAUAGAAGUUGAAAACUGUACAAUGCCAUUGAACGGUACAGAGUUCGAUCCCGGUGCUGUGGAGAUGAUUAACGGGAGCAAACCUGAUGGACCGCAGUGCGCACGCUUCAAGAGCCACACUAAGGAAAAAGAUAAACGUCCAAGGGAAUCAGAUAUGGAAGGCUGGUGGGAAGACCUAACAGAAGAUUGCAGACUGAUGAACUUUGAAUCCUGGCAAGCUAAGGUGAGAAUAACAGCUGAACUUCUUUUGUGGGUGGGUGCGCUGGCUUACGUCGGAGCUGCGUUAAGGGAAGCAAGGUUCCUCGGACUCAAAAUGUUUGUGGAAAACUUAAGCACAGUGCCUUCACGCGUGAUGUUCUUGGUGUCCUGUCUGUUGAUGCUGGUACUCCCAACACUGCGGCUCUGGUGUGCCGACGAAGAAGAGGAUCAUCUUGCGGUCAUUAUCAUGCUUACCACUGCACCUUACUUCUUGUUCUUCUGCAGAGGUUUCAAAACUGUGGGUCCGUUCGUGGUGAUGAUCUACAGAAUGGUGAUGGGAGAUUUACUUCGGUUCGUCUGCAUUUAUUUGGUCUUCGUUAUGGGUUUCUCGCAAGCAUAUUACGUAAUAUUCUUAUCAUUUGACAACCCCAACACACCGGAGGGCGUGGACGACUCGGUGUCGAACCCCAUGCCGUCGCCCAUGGAGAGCAUCAUGGCCAUGUUCCUCAUGUCACUCACCUCCUUCUCUGAUUAUUACGGCGCCUUCGAUAGGACCGACCACGAGAUCGAAGCUAAGCUGCUAUUCGUGGUGUAUAUGAUCAUUGUGGCGAUUCUGUUGGUGAACAUGUUGAUCGCCAUGAUGGGCAAUACGUACCAGAAGAUAGCAGAAACUAGGAAUGAGUGGCAGCGCCAGUGGGCGAGGAUUGUGCUGGUGGUGGAGCGAGGGGUGCCGCCAGCGCAGCGGCUGAAGCAGCUGCUGACGUACAGCCAGCCCAUGGCGAACGGGAAGAGGGCACUCGUGCUCAGGAUCAACCAGAAGGAUGAGGAAAAGGAGGAAAUGAAAGAGAUAAUGGAGAUGAAGCGCACUCACGAGCGUAUCGUGGCGAAGCGCAAGGCGCGGGAGGCGCAGCUGGCGGGCGGCCGCGGGCUCGCGCCGCACACGCCGCUGCGGGACUACCCGCUCAGGAAGUAGCGGCGCGCGGACACCACAUGCACUUGUGUCGGAUGACGAUGAUCGAUGAAACUAUACACGACGGAAAAUAUCAUUUAGGUAUUUAUGAAAUUAAAUGUCAUUAAAUGUUGAUACAAUUAUAAAUAA